AUGCCAAGCUACGCUCAGGACUCGUUCACGCUCUCGCUGCACGUGCAGUCUGGCCAGCACCUCUCCACGCACGUGAGCGCCGCUUUCUGCACGAUCGUAGUAUGGAGCAAUUCGUCUCCGGGCGGCCCUGCCGAGUUGACGACGCAGCCGAAGUACACCAGCUUCAGCUCCGUCGGCGCCAACGAGAGCGUCGAGUGGAACGAACAAAUGCAGGUGCAGGUGACCAGCCCGGCCUCCGAGGUGCUGACUCUUCGUGUGAAGGACUCGACGGACUCGCUCGUGGGGAGCUGCAACAUCUGCCUGGCCCACCUUCGUCCAGGAGAGGCAUUGAACCAGUGGUUCCAGCUUCACCCCGCCGGUCACAUCCACCUGAAGCUGGUGCUGCGUCCGAACCAGCAGCCAGCCCCCACUCCGUCAGUGAAUCCCAAUUCGCCCUACUCCGCAGACUUCCAGGCGCUGCUCGAGCUCGAGAUGAAGAAGAGAGCGGCGACAGUGAACGAGUCGCCACUUCCAUCGCACAUCGCGGCGUUGCUGGAGGCUCGGAACAAGGCGCAGGAGAGCACGAUGCUCCUGAUCCACAGCAAGCUAGCUACAGCCCACUACCCUACCGGUUUCCCCACCGGCUACCCUCCAGCUCAGCCACAACAGGCAAGCGGCUCCAAUUUCCACGAAAUGAUGGGAACUGCCGCCAACAUCUCCACCAUCGCUGCCAACCUGCAGCAACUCAACGGCAACAACGCCGGAGUCGGCACCAGCGGACUGGGCACCGCAGCCUCAAUCGGACUCGGCGCCCUCGGCCUCUGA